AAUGGUAAUGUUCCAAAUCUUGAUAUAUUGUAAGUUGUACUCAUUUCUUAUCUUCAAGUUGCAAUAUAUAGUUCUUUUUUCAAAAAAAAAAAAACAUCUUAGACAUAAUCUCCAUAAAAAAUAAUAACAAAUAAGAUCGAAAAUGGUAAUGAGUAUCAUAUUAUCUUGAAUGAAUUAUUUAUUGCCACAAAAAAAAAUAUUAAAAAAAAGUAAUUUAGUAUCAUUGAUUCAUUGUAUCAUUUCAUUCUUGGAUUAAACUGGUCAUCACAAAAUAAUUAACAGAGGGGAGAGGUUCUCAAAUUUAAAUUUGUAGUGAUGAGGAUUUUAUCGAAGCUGUGGGAGACUUUGAGUUUCGCUUUACAGCCCGAGUUUUGGAGAAUGAUAGUGUUUUGGAUAUGGGCUCUGCUGCUCUCUUGCUUUAAGGCGCUUCUCCUUCCAAACUCUAGGCGCUAUACCCGUUCGUCUCCUCCUCAGCUCCCUCACACCGCUUCUUCUUCUUCUCCUCCUCCUCAUUUCAGACCCCUUUGCAUCAUCACCGGAGCUACCUCUGGUUUGGGAGCUGCUGCUGCACAUGCUCUUUCCAAGGAAGGCUUCUUUGUCGUUCUUGUUGGACGGUCGUCCCAGUUAUUGGAAGAGACUAUGAGAGAAAUUAAAGCUAGGAACAACACUGCCCAACUCAAAGCUUUUCAAGUUGAUCUGUCAUCCUUCAUUUCGAUUUUGAAGUUCAAAUCUUCCCUUGAGCAGUGGCUUUUGAAUUCAGAAAUGCAUUCCUCGGUUCAAUUAUUGGUGAACGACGCUGGGAUACUGGCUACAUCGCAUCGACUCACUGUCGAAGGCUAUGAUGAAGUUAUGGCUACAAAUUACAUUGGAGCAUUUUGUCUGACAAAGCUGUUAUUGCCUCUGCUCAAAAACAGUCCUAUACCUUCGCGAAUAGUGAAUGUUACAUCCUUUACACAUCGAAGUGUAUCUAGUGUUCAGAUUAACAAAGAUGUUGUUGCUGGGAAGUGGUUAUCAGGAUUAAAACAAUAUCCAUUUGCUCGAGUGUAUGAAUUUUCUAAAUUAUUUGUACUGCUAUUUUCUUAUGAGCUUCAUCAACAACUUGCCUCAAAUGAUGAAUCUUGUCAAAUAUCUGUCCUUGCGGCAGAUCCUGGAUUUGUGAAAACCAAUCUUUUGCGUGAAUUUCCUUCCUUUAUUACUCAAGUGGCAUUUUUUGUCUUGAAUCUUGUGGGACUUCUGCAGUCACCUGAGAAUGGGAUAAGUUCUAUCCUUGAUGCAGCCCUAGCUCCACCAGAAAUAUCUGGAGUCUACUUCUUUGGUGGAAAGGGAAGGACUAUUAAGUCAUCUAAGCUUUCAUAUAAUGAUAGACUUCGGCAUGAACUUUGGACUACUUCGUCUGAUCUGUUUUUGCAAUCACAGCUAGCUACCACGGAAACUUUCACUUAAUUUUGAGAUGUAAAGGAGGGGUUAACUUAACAAAUAUAAGCUAAAUGAUAGAAAUUUUAUUGUUAGUCAUAAGCUUAUGAACUCUUCCAGAAAAUAUAAAUGUAUUUUUAUCUCUCUCAAAAUAUUUGAAUUGCUUUUGGUUAAUUUCAAUCUGAAUUUGUUGUAAUCCAACUCUACCACUGUUCUUAACAUGUCCGUGUCCAUGUCAGACCCUUUAUGUUUAUCGUUCUUUGGUACUCUAUUUUAUCAUGUUUUCUUA